AUGUCGUCAGACGCAGACGAGGAUGGCGCAGACGAAGCCGGCUUCCCCUUGCUGGCGCGGAUCCGCUUGCCUGAUCCAGGCUCAGUCUUGCAAGCUGCGUCUGCCAGCUCGAGCGAGCCAAAGAGCUUCCUGUCAGCUCUCAGCAAUGCCCAAUCUCGAUCAGCCAAGCAGAGCUCGAGCAAUGUCGGCAAAGGAAGCUACAGACUCUCCAGAAACUCGUGCUGCCCGACAAUGGACGUCAUCGCGUUGAUGUGCGCAUCCGAGGAACAAGACAGAUCACUCGAAGUCGUGUCUCUCUACCGCGGCUCAGGGAAGGUCUGGGACUGGCAUGAUCCCGAGCUCCCAUCAGAGAGGAUACACACAGAUCUUGUCUGGUCGCCCGACGGCAGAACGCUCGCCUACGUGGUCACGACGCGCCAGAGUGUCAAGGUGCAGCUACUCAGCGUACACGAUGCCGCCAUACAGAGCAUAACCACCAUCGAGAACACAGGAGAGAUCCCUAGCGAGCAGACUGCGCUGCCCAUAUGGUUCAGCCUGAGUAAGUCGAGCAAUAUCAAGCGCGGUCUGGCGUGGUCAACUUUUGAGGAAUCACUGUACCGCCUCCCUGUGCCCGCUUGCCAUACCGACAACGUCAAGGAACCUGUAUCGUUUGCGCCGCUGGUCUCUCAGGAGCAAUCUCGUUUCUUCAAGCCAGCCGAGCGCGAUGUGUCCAUCCUAGCUCUUCCUCACGCAGAUGCGAUCACAGCUACCUUACUGCUCGAUGGCCGCCACAGCCUCGGCAAUGUUGCUUUGAGAGCGGGUCCAUCCUCUGUCACAUCAAGAUGUGUUGAAUACCUCCCCACGCCCAAUGAGCUGGUCACCAUAGCCUCGACUGGCUCAAUCUCCCGCAUCUUGCUCGAUCUGCCCUACGAUGGCAUCCUACCUCUCAUGCGCACCUGCGAAGACGUGCAAGAAUGGCUGCGGACGGCCAAAUCGGCCAUACAGCCUGCAGUGGAUCGAUGGAGGGAGCAUACCCAGCUCGGAUAUGAGUGGCUGACGCAGCUCAAUGGACGCAUCGCUAGCGAGUCGCAGAGCGACACAUCUGCGGAGCAAUACUCUGCGUGUACACAGAUCUACACGCUGCUCGCCACUGGCAAGUGCACGCCGGCAGUCACCGAAUAUCUCGGCACGAAGCUUACCGAGCGUCUUCUGGACAAGUGGGAGCACAAGGCCAAGGACGCCAUCGCAAGCACGCUACUGGCGAGUCGGCAGAUCGUUGCGCCACUGAUGGAGCGAGUCAUCAUGAGGGUAGACCACGCAUUGGCGUGCUCUGUUAGUGGGAGACAUUGGACCCAAUUUCAGCUACACCAAGAAGAGCUCGAGAGGUGCAGGAAUAUGGCUCUGUUUUGCUUUACCGCUGCAUACCGCGUGCACAAACUGAGUCUUAUCGAGCAACGGCGCACCUUACAUUUUUUCAGCUUUCUGAGAUUUGAGAUGCAGAUGCUCGCGCAGGAUGCUACCGAGACAGAAGCCUCCGUAUCGGCAAAUCAUGACGCCCUUGAGGCGUCGCGCUUCAUCCGAUCGACGCUGUCUACCGUCAGCAAGCAAUCAGACGAGACCAGCGGGUCAGCUCACGAUCACGAGCUCGCGCGAUACUUGAACGACGAUGUCAAGGCAGGGGAGGAGGAAGAGCUCAGCCAAUACAUCGACCCAUCAAACACUAAAGCGCGCGCGUCCGCAGAGCUCGAGCGAAUGCGGCAAGCAUACCGCGGUCUGCUUACAUCGCGGACAAUAUCCGCACCAAUGCAAGCAAAAGCAUUGCCAAUCUAUCCGCUUGCAAUUGCUCUCGACUCUCUUGAGGCGUCACUCGUCGCUUGUCUGAAGCGCGGAAUGCAGCAAUCAACAAGCAGCUUGAGAGUUGUCUCAGCGGCCACAUCAUCCGCGCGUGCAGUCCGUCUUCAAGACCAGCAUGUGACGGCCUCGUCGGAUCUCGUCAUUGCCACUGCAUCGGAUAAGGUCGUUGAGGUCGUGUGCUACGAUGGCCUUGGCAUGCUCACAACUUCAGAUGCCAAGUCGAUCAACUUCGAUGCGCCACUGCAGUCGAUCCUCGCGCUUCGCAUCUUCGAUGCUAGCGACCUUAUCAUGUUGAGUGAGACGAUGACCGAUGGCAAGCUGCGACACAUGCUCAGUAUGCUCUCGUAUGAUAACGAUGGCAGAGCACCUCGUCACCAAUCGCUCGAUUCGAUGCCAGAGGAUAUCGCACUCAACGGUCGAGCAGGUCGAAAAGUCGCUGGCUUACUUUGCGAGCGCGGUCGAUCGCUUGAGCUUCUCGAUCUCAGCUUUGACGAUGAAGUCGAGGAAGACGAUGAUCUGAUCAUGUCUGACAACCAUGACUGA